ACUGCAAUAAUUGUUGAUUAAAUAAGCAAAAAAGUGAUAGAAAUUAAAGAAAAAAUAAUUUUUUAUUAAAAUAAUUGAAAGAAGAUGUUAAAGUAAUAAAUAAAAUUACGAUGAAGUGCAAAUUAUUCUAUGUGCUAUUGGUUGCAUCGACUGGAAAUAUUUUUCUCACAAACGUUACGAAUGGAAUUGUUAUUAAUCAAUCAUCACGCAAUGUAACAAGAAAUCAGUCAAACUCCGAAUUAUCAAAGAGGAAUUCAAUUGUUGAAGAUAGUGGAUUAAAAAAAAUUGCCGAAAAAGAAGCGACCAAUUUGUCAAAUAUCAAAAAACCUAACGAUGAUUAUAGUUUUCAUAAAAAAUCCCAAUCCUCAAAAUUUUUGAAUAAAUCAUCAAAAAAUGAAAAAAGAAUUGAGCGUCAUAUUCACAGAAAUAAUAAUCAGAAAAAAAGAGGUUGCAAAAAAAUUUGCUAUCCUAUUUGCUGUAAUUACGGUCAUCCGUAUUAUUUAAACAAUAUCUAUAAUUCUCCUUAUGAAAUUUACGAUUCUCCAGAGGAAGGAGAAGAAGAAGAAGAAGAAGAAGAUUUUAGUGAUUAUGAAGAGAAUUUUUGUUCAGAAGACGAAGACGAUAAAACCCAAGAAGAUGAAGAAGAUAAAAAAAAGAAGACUGAACCUGGUGAAGGUGGAACUAACAAGUCAAACGAACCAACUGGUAAAGCUUCGGGAGGUACAAAUAAAUUUGGACCAGGAAUUUCUGCAACAAAAGAAAAUCAUUUACAAAAACUAUUUUCCGAAUUGAAAAUCAGUGAAAAGCAUAUUUUACUACAAACAGUAAGUAAAAUUCUUCGAGAAUAUAAUUCCACUCUAAAAGAAAAUUAUAAAAUAACUAAUUUAAAAGAAAUUUUUCAAAAUUCCCACGUUGAAACAAUGUUAAUUAAUUCGAUCAGAAAUGUACUCAAGAAAGACUAUGAAGAACAUUCAAUAAAAUGGAUAACAGAUGAAAUUAUUCAAUCCGCUCUCAUAAAUUUCGUGAUCAACAACGAUUCAUCUACAAAAAAUUCCCAAAAAACUCUAAUUCCAAUUGCCGAAGGAAGUUUCAAAAUUGGACAAUGGAUUCACAAUAAUGAAAAUCACGAGUCCUGGAAAGAGGAGAAAAAUGAAAAAAAUCAAUUUAAUAUUGAAACGCAAAUUACUCCAACGAUUCAUAAUGAUAAAUUAGGAAAUGAAAUAUCAUUAACGGUAAAUUCAGGAACAGAUCCAUUGAAAACAAAAUUUUCCAUUGAAAUUGAAAAGAAAAAUACAAAAUCAUUUCCCAGUGAAUCGGAAGUUAUUGAUAAUUUACCAACCCAAUAUUAUUCGCAAGAGAGCAAAAUUUUAGGUUACAGAAAAAAUAAUGAGAAUUCCGACCGCAAUUCAUCCAAUCAAAAUAUCCUCCUAACUUCCGAACGUGAAACCAAAGAACAAGAUCAAUUUUCUCAAGUUUCAAGCAAUAAAUCAAAUUCUCAAUUUGAAAAAACCUUCCACGGUGUUUCGAACGGAAAUAUUAAUAAUCCCCAAUUCUCAAGUUCAUUAAAUCAUCAAGAAAUCGCCGAGAAAGACUUGAACCAGUCGAAAAAUCGUCAUUUCAAUGAAAAAAUACAGUAUCACGAAUUACAUCGAAAUAAAAAACACACCAAUCCUGAAACAAAUACCAAUCAAACAUUAAUUACCACCGAAAGAAAUAUUUACAAAAAUCCUCAAAUUAUCCAUCUACUUAUGAGUGAUCAGAAAAAAUUUGCAUUCGAUAAAAAUUCUUCUUCAAAACUUCAAUCAAAUUCUCCAUUACCAAAAUCAACGAGAAGUGCGAAUUCAAAUUCAGGUAAAAAAAAUAAUAAAUUUAUCGGAGUACUAGGUGAUAGAAAAAAUAUAGUAAAUGAUGAUAAUUUUCAAAAAACGACCGGAAUUGAAAAAAUUGGACAAAUCGGCUCGCGGAUAAUAGAUAAAAUUAGUAAUUCACAUUUUAAUUUGGAAAAUAAUGUGAAAGAGGGAAAAUUAAUUGACAAUGAUUUACCAUCAUUGGAGGCAUUAAUUGUAUCUAAUACUUCUGUGGCGGUGAAUGGGAGUAACAUUUUAAAAAAGAAUAAAUCAAAAUAUCGAAAUUCUUAUGUUCUCGGAAAACUUGUUCCGAAAAAUAAAGAAAAUUCGGAAUUUUUGUAUAAAGGAAAUUUACUGAGAUUACCUAUUAAAUUGUCAAAGUUGAACGACGGUUCCUUCUUGGUAACACUUUUGAAUAAGAUUCGUAACUGCACACACAAAAGCCAUUCUGGAAAUCAAUCUGGAAUUAAUAAAAGAGACAGUGAAGGAAAAACAUUAGAAAAGGACGAAUCGCCUAAACAAAAUUUCAAUGACACCGAAAUCGACGCAAAAAAACCAAAAGAAUAUUUAAAAGAAGCUAAUUUGACAACCAGUCCCAAAGAAGAUAAAUUUGAUGAACACGAACAAUACAAACAAUAUUUAGAAACUCUGUUAGACGUUAAUGACAUUCCCACAAGUGACAGAUCAGUCGUUAUUACCAAUAUUUUGGAAAAAAAAAUUUUUAAUAGCGAAGAAUCUAAUUUAGAAAUAAGCAAAAAUAAUGGAAGUAAAAAAGAUUAUUUGAAAAAUAAUUUAAUAAUUGAGAAAAUUACUUUUAAACCAAAUAAACAAAACAGAAAUAUAAAUGAAUAUCGAGAAAGUAGUACAAAUAAUGUUAAUGCGGCUGUUGAUAUUAUAAAAAAUCUCCUAAAUUGGUUACAGGAGUUUAUAUUGACAACUUUAAAUGUUGAAAAAAAGAAUUAAUUAUGUAAAAUUAAAUUCUAUUUUCUCCCCGGUAAAUUCUUUCAUUCUAUUCGUAUUUGUCAACAAUUUAAUUAUUAAUUAAUUAAUUAUUAUUUAUUUAUAAUAUUAACAAAACAGGACGUUAAUUUGCAAUUUGUAUGACUGUAUAGACGAUUAUGCUACAAUGGCAUAUAACUAUUAACAAUUUGUAAUUAAUAUUGUAUAAAGUUUAUACUCUUAAUUAUAAAAAAUAUAUAAUAUUAAUUAUAAAUGUGUUCUCUGUGUUGUGUACGACCGGUUGCACAAUGUGCUACAAUGUAAACAUAAUUAUAAGUACCAUUAUUUAUACAAAUGUACGAUUAUUUAUUACAACUACAAUUAAAAUAUUUUAUCUCUCAAAAUAUAUCACUUUAAUAUAAAUUAAGUUUAAUUGUCAAGUAAUAAAAGGAGAAAAACAAAAGUUUAACAAU